AGAUGCCUAAGAUGUCAGAUGAAAGAUAUCAUGUUGAAGUAAUGAAUAUAACUGCGAACAGUAUUGUCGUAAGGCUUCCAGAGCCGGUUCUCAAUGACAAAUGCGAAAAUUACAAUUUAGCCACCACUAUAUACACCAUCUCCGUGGGCCAUCGUUGGAAUAAAGAUCGUAGCGAAUUAAAAAAGUUUCAGACGCACGAAAGGUAUUACGAAAUACAGAAUUUAUCCCCAUCCACAGAGUACAUAGUAAAGCUGGCAUUGAGUAAUUUCUAUUUUGAUUUCUACAAAUUACCGAUAAAUUUUGACCGAGGUAUGAUACUGACAACUACCUCAGAAGAACUUAAUGCAGAAUAUGUAGCAAUUCCUAUGCUACCAUAUCUAUCAAUAUCAGGCGUUGUCGUUAUCCUUGGAUGCUGUGUUUGUAUUUACUAUUCACAAUGCAAAAGAAGUGUGACUGUUCAACCUUCAUCAACUCUACCACCUUCACCAAUCGAGUUAAUUCCAAUAGAUACACUUAACAUCGAAUACACUACUUUAACGGCUUCACCAAUCGAGUUAAUUCCAAUAGAUACAUCUAACAUCGAAUACACUACUGUAACGGCUUUAAAACAAGAGUUGCAAGAAAAUCCAAACAUUCGAAAAAUUAAGAUUGAAGAGAUUCUCUCAAAAGAUGAGCUUCUAGGCGAAGGCGCAUUUGGAAUAGUAUUUCAAGGAAUUGUCUCCAAUUUAGAAGGGUUGAAAACAAUGUGUGCCAUAAAAAGGUUACCUGAUAAUGCCAGCUUGCUGGAAAAAAAGAAAUUUUUGCAAGAAGCCAAAAGGAUGAGCCGAUUUGAUCACGAAAAUGUUCUAAAAUUAUUGGGCAUUUGCUUGAAUACGGAUUCACCGAUGCUCAUAUUGGAAUUAAUGGAAACUGACUUAUUGACAUAUUUGAGAGAGAAUCAAACAUUCAACCCGUUAAGUGCACAAAGUCUGCGCCUGCAAGACUUACUCGCCAUGUGCGAAGAUGUUGCGCGGGGUUGUCACUACCUAGAAGAAAUGCGAUAUGUACAUAGAGAUCUUGCAUGUCGAAAUUGCUUAAUAUCCACGAGAAAUGAUGGAAGCCAUAUUGUGAAAAUCAGUGACUUUGGACUAACUAGGAAUAUGUACAAUGAUCAAUAUUACCGCAUGGAAACAAGAGACCCUCUUCCUAUUCGCUGGAUGGCACCGGAAUCUAUACUGUACCAAUUAUUUACUUCAAAAAGCGACGUUUGGGCUUUCGGGGUGCUAAUGUGGGAAAUUAUGUCAUUGGGUGAAUUCCCCUAUUACCAUAAAAAUGCAAUAAAUGUUAUAGGAUAUAUAUGUGAAGGAAACAGGCUGUCGCAACCUCUCUACUGUCCGUCGACGUUGUAUCAGUUAAUGCAGCAAUGCUGGAGUGAGGAGAACAAUAGACCAAAUUUUAAUCACUGUCUCGAAAUUAUCGUAAGCUUAAUAAGAAACAAUAGUAGACAAUAGUAGAUUAAAUAUACACAGAUAAAUCGAUAGUAAUUCUUUUUAUGUGCGUAUUAUUGCAUAAAAUAAAUUUUUAUAUAUCAAAAUAUCCCUAACAGCACAACAUAUAUCCGAUGAAAGAUCAUCAAGAUUCAAAAGAUAUCUAGAGAACAUUCGAACAUCCUCUGGAUGUCCUUAAGAUGUCCUCUGAACGUUUUUCGAAUAUGUGUGCUGUUAGAGAUAAUAUUUGGACUAAAAAUAUUGCCUUUACUUUUUUGCUCAUAUUCUUUAUUUUAAUUCAUUAAAUAUUUUAAAUUAUCUCCCGGGAAA